CUUAAAAUCAAGUUAACAUAUAUCAUUAAAAAAAGAGAAUAAGUAUGGCAAAGUUUGAGAUGAAAAAGGUUAUGUCAAUCUUUUUUAUGGUAUUAUUAGUUGUGGCACAAGCUGAAGAUUCUUCUCCAACUUCAUCACCUUCCAAAAAUUCGAUUGGUGAUUUAAUUUGUAUUGGGAAGUGUGCUUUUGAAUGUAAACGCUUCAUAAAGAAUAUCCCAUUACUUGCAGGUUGUGUUAUUGCAUGUAAGUUAUUCAAUUGUCGUAAGGUAUCGUCAAAAAUUGUUUAUGAUUGUGCAACUAAGUGCUCUAUUUCAAAAGCUAUGAAAGUCAACACCGAUAUUCAGGGCAUUAAUGUCAUCGUGGAUUCAUGCUUGGAAGCUUGCGAGAAUAAAUAAUUUGUCACUUAUGAUAAAUACUUCAAGUGUAAUCAAAGUGUUUUACACCUACGAUAAAUAAUAUUUCAUCAUUAUAUACACAUUGUAUGGAAACUAAUGUUUAAUGUUGGAAAUUUACGUUUUUGUUAUUUUUAA